AGUGCGCUCCCACGAUGCUAGUUUGACCACUCAGACUAUGGAGCAGGUUGACUAGACAGUGAUGAGGUGGUGAAGUGCAACAACAACCAAUUCCACUGUAUUUUAGCAUCCUUUGCCUUGUAACGCAUUUCUCCCUGCACAACAUGACGACUACUAAAACGUACACAGGGAUGGAGCCCGGUGCCAAGAACAGCUCCAGGGUUUUGCAGCCUCCUGGUGGUGGAUCCAACAUCUCAUUCGGUGCAGAUGAGGAGAAGCCCCCUGUAAGAAAAAACAAGAUGGCCUCCAGUGUUUUUGCUGAACCUGAAGACCCUUAUGCAAAUCGAAGGAAUAACCCUCCAGGUGGGAAGCCAACUGGUGUGCUUUGCGGGGAGUCGUCAGCCCCCCUGAGGAGAGGAGGGAAUCAAACCGUGGACUCUGUCACAGACGACUCUUGCUCUAACAAAGACCAGUCGGGGAGUGAGACUGAAAACAAUGCAGCAGAACCAGAGCACCAGAAUGACACCCCUCAGGCGGAGGAGCCGGGGGCAGGUCCACCUUCCGGCCGGAGGAACCCACCUGGGGGCAAGUCCAGCCUCAUCCUGGGUUGAGUGUCGGCUUCCCACCCCACCGUCGCCAGACUUCUCUCCGAACUCUUUAUUUUCAACCGUGUUCUCCCACAUCCAAAGUGCAUUGUUUUGAUACCUCCUUUUGAAGAACUGUUUUGUACUGUUCAGGUUGUUUCUUCCUAAAGAAGCACUUUAUGUAUUUCUAAGUUCAUAGUGUCACGUCUGGAAUUACCUUGCUGCGUGGGUGUGGAGGCUGCUGACUCUUUCCUCAUCGUGACAGGCAGUAAAACAAGUUUGUAAAACCUUGAUGAACCUUGGAAAAACAACCCGGAUUUAGACUCCUCUCGCAUGCUCGUCCGGACUGGACACUUCUGAAUGUGAAGUUGUUUCUUUUCUACGAUGAUGUGGCUGGAUUUUGUACAAAGAAGAUGUCGCUGCAUGAUAUUUGUCUUGUGUUCUAGUGUAGCCGAAUGGACACAGCCCAUUCUCUGACUAAACAUUGUGCUCACCUCUGUGUUGUAGAACUCACGUCAGGUGACCGAAUAGAAGAAGUUACUGUUGAAUGUUGUGACAUCUGUGCAGUUUCAAGUGCCGAAGUUUGACUCCUCAAAAGCCUGUGCCUGUGUGACGGUGCGUUUGUGUGCUCUGCCAAAGUCAGACGUUCCCACUUGUGAUGUUGCUUGACUGUAUUCAUGUGGUGUGAGUGGCAAACAAAUUGA